GCGCAAGGCGGGCGACCCCGCCGCCCGCCGCGGGCCCGAGGCCCAGCCAGAGAGGGGCCUGCCUCGCUGCCGGGAGCCCGGCUGUCCGGGCCUCCCUACUUCUCUAUCCCGGUCCCCCUCUUCGGGGCCUUCUAUAUGGGCCACCUUCUCUCGAAGGAGCCGCGUAACCGCCCAAGCCAGAAGAGGCCUCGCUGUUGCAGCUGGUGCCGCCGCCGCCGCCCUCUCCUCAGGCUGCCCCGCCGGACCCCGGCCAAGGCGCCCCCCCAGCCGGCGGCGCCCCGGAGCCGGGACUGCUUCUUCCGCGGGCCCUGCAUGCUCUGCUUCAUCGUGCACAGCCCCGGCGCGCCCGCCCCCGCCGGCCCAGAGGAGGAGCCGCCGCUCUCGCCGCCGCCGCCGCGGGACGGGGCCUACGCCGCGGCCGCCUCCUCGCAGCACCUGGCGCGGCGCUACGCGGCCCUGGCCGCCGAGGACUGCGCCGCCGCCGCCCGCCGCUUCCUGCUAUCCUCGGCCGCCGCCGCCGCCGCCGCCGCUGCUUCGGCCUCGUCGCCCGCCUCCUGCUGCAAAGAGCUGGGGCUGGCCGCGGCAGCCGCCUGGGAACAGCAGGGCCGGAGCCUCUUCUUGGCCAGCCUGGGGCCCGUGCGCUUCCUGGGGCCGCCUGCCGCCGUGCAGCUCUUCCGGGGGCCGCCGCCGCCGGCCGAGCCCCCCACGCCUCCCGAGAUGGUGUGCAAGCGGAAGGGGGCCGGGGUCCCCGCCUGCACCCCCUGUAAGCAGCCCCGCUGUGGCGGGGGGGCCUGCGGCGGCGGCGGCGGCAGCGGAGGAGGAGGAGGACCUGCGGGGGGAGGCGCCUCGCCGCCGCGGCCCCCCGACGCCGGCUGCUGCCAGGGCCCAGAGCAGCCACCGCAGCCUCUCUGCUCCCAGCGCUCCUCUCCCACUUCGGAAGGUGCCCCCACAGAGGCCGGUGGGAACGCCGUCCGAGCGGGGGGCACCGCCCCCUCGCCCGCCCAGCAGCACCACGAAUGCGGCGACGCGGACUGUCAGGAGACCCCCGAAAAUCCGUGCGACUGUCAUAGGGAGCCAUCCCCCGAAACCCCAGACAUCAAUCAGCUGCCGCCAUCCAUCCUGCUCAAGAUAUUUUCCAAUUUAUCCCUGGAUGAGCGUUGCCUUUCUGCAUCAUUGGUUUGCAAGUACUGGCGUGACCUUUGUUUAGAUUUCCAGUUUUGGAAGCAGCUGGAUCUUAGUAGUCGUCAGCAGGUCACUGAUGAAUUAUUGGAAAAAAUUGCAUCAAGAAGUCAAAAUAUAAUUGAAAUCAACAUUUCUGAUUGUCGCAGUAUGUCUGAUACUGGCGUGUGUGUUCUAGCAUUUAAGUGUCCUGGACUUCUUAGGUAUACAGCCUACAGGUGUAAACAGCUUUCUGACACCUCUAUUAUUGCGGUUGCUUCUCACUGUCCUUUACUUCAGAAAGUUCAUGUAGGCAACCAGGACAAACUUACUGAUGAAGGACUCAAACAGCUGGGCUCAAAAUGCAGAGAACUCAAAGAUAUUCAUUUCGGCCAGUGUUACAAGAUCUCAGAUGAAGGCAUGAUCGUCAUAGCUAAGGGCUGUCUGAAAUUACAAAGAAUAUACAUGCAGGAAAACAAAUUAGUGACAGAUCAAUCGGUGAAAGCAUUUGCUGAGCACUGUCCUGAACUUCAGUACGUUGGCUUCAUGGGUUGUUCAGUUACUUCUAAAGGAGUCAUUCAUCUAACCAAGCUAAGAAACCUUUCCAGCUUGGACCUACGUCAUAUCACUGAACUGGAUAAUGAAACCGUGAUGGAAAUUGUCAAGAGGUGCAAAAAUCUAAGCUCUCUCAAUCUCUGCCUGAACUGGAUCAUAAAUGACAGUUCAACUCAUGAGAGAUAACGUGGAAGACAACAUAUAACGUUGAAGGCUAAGAACCGUCUGAGAUCCCUUUUCUGAAGUUAUCUGGUUAUUGUUGGAUAGUCAGGUGCUUGGAAUAAAGAUGAUAGAUGAGAUAGAAUUAGAUAUCCCUUGAAGAUAUCCCAAAGAACAAGCAGAUGGAAUGUUGCAUCUGGGCCAGAAGGCUAUUGCAAAGAGCCUGCAGCGAGCAUUGUCUGUUUAAUGAACAAAUUAUAUCAUGUAUGUGUACUUUUAUAUCAUGUGCAUUAAAAAAAUUCUGGAAAUAUACAAAUAAAUUUUAAAAUAUUGAUCAGUUUCUAGCUAUCUUUUAUUAUUGUGUAUUUUCUUAAAAGAUAAAAAGAGUAGGGGCUUCCCUGGUGGCGCAGUGGUUGAGAGUCUGCCUGCCGAUGCAGGGGACACGGGUUCGUGCCCCGGUCUGGGAAGAUCCCCCACAUGCCGCGCAGCGGCUGGGCCCGUGAGCCAUGGCCGCUGAGCCUGCGCGUCCGGAGCCUGUGCUCCGCAACGGGAGAGGCCACGACAGUGAGAGGCCCGCAUACCGCAAAAAAAAAAAAAAAAAAAAAAAAAAAAACUAAGCUAUGGUAAAAUAAAACAAAGUAACAAAACAUAUACAAUGGUAGUUGCCUUUGUGGGUGGGUAUGGGCAUUGACUGGAAGGCGGGGCAUGAGGGAACUUGGUGGGGUGCUAGGAAUAGUCUAGAUCUGAUAGGGGUUCAAGGUAGACAGGUAUAUGCACUUGUCAAACCUGAUUGCAUUUGAGAUUUGUGUAUUUCACAGCAGGUAAAACCUUUUUUUUUAAGAGAACCAUUAUAAACAUUGAACUUUAAUGAUGUGUAUGAUAAAGUAUUUAUGGGUGAAAUGUACUGAUGUCUGCACUUAACUUUAAAAUGCAUUAAAAAGUAAGAAUGGAUAGAUACCUGGGUGGAUAGAGAAAUAGAUGGGAUACAUCUGAGAUAAAGCAGAUGUAGAAAAAUGUUAAUUAUGGAAUCUAGAUGGUGAAUAAUGGCUUUGAGUGAACAAUUCCUUUAAAUUUCGGUAUGCUUCAAAUUUUCGAUAAUAAAUUGUGCAAAAAUGAGUGUUUAUUCUAAAAAAGUUUAGAAGACAUACCUUUUUGGAAUUUAUUCUAAUUCAGGCUGAAGAUUUGGUAGGAUUCUUUAAGGUUUUCUUUUUUUCUCCCUUUCACAACUUAAAAUUUUGUCUUAUCUGAUUAUGUCAUCUUAAUUGCAAUUAGUUUGUUACCUUUAUUAUUUUUUUAAAUAAGUUUAUUCAUUUUAUUUAUUUAUUUUUGGCUGAGUUAGGUCUUCUCUGCUGCACGCGGGCUUUCUCUAGUUGCGGUGAGCGGGCUUCUCAUUGCGGUGGCUUCUCUUGUUGCGGAGCACAGGCUCUAGGCACGCGGGCUUGAGUAGUUGUGGCAUGCAGGCUCAGUAGUUGUGGCUCACGGGCUCUAGAGCACAGGCUCAGUAGUUGUGGUGCACAGGCUUAGUUGCUGCGUGGCAUGUGGGAUCUUCCCUGACCAGGGAUUGAACCCGUAUCCCCUGCAUUGGCAGGCGGAUUCUCAACCCAUGCGCCACCAGGGAAGCCCCAGUUUGUUACCUUUAUAAGUCAUAUUUCUUGGUGCCACAUGUGUAAUCCAGUGAUUCGUUUAAUGCCAUUUAUUAGGCACUAUAUUCAUUUCCUGUGGCUACUGUAACAAACUACUACAAAUUUGGUUGCUUGAAAGCAAAAAUAUUUAUUCUCUCACAGUUGUGGAGGUCAGACAUCCAAAAUCAGUUUCACUGGGCCAAAAUCAAGGUGUCAGUCUCCCUCUGGAGGGAAGAAUUCAUUCCUUUUCUUUCUGGCUUCUGGUGGCUACCAACAUUCCUUGGCUUAUGGUCAUAUCACUCCAGUCUGCUUCUGGGGUAAUAUUACUCUCUCCUCUCUUGUCUAUGUCAAAUCUCCCUCUGCCUCUUUCUUGUAAGUAUACCUGUGAUUGUAUUUAGGGCCCACUCAGAUAAUCUAGAAUAAUCUCCCCAUCUCAAAUCUUUAAUUUAAUCACACCUGCAAAGACCCUUUUUCCAUAAAAAAGUAUAAAGUAUAUAUAAAGUAACACUUAAAGGUUGCAUGGAUUAGGACCUGGUGUCUUUGGGGGCCAUUAUUCAGCCUACCACAGGCAUUUUUUUAUGUGCCAAGUUCUGUGCUAGGGCCUAAAUAAUAAUAAUUAAAAUUUAAUUGCUUCCUGUGUGCUAGGUGCUGUCCUAUGUGCUUUACAUGCAUUUUUUUACUAGGGAAAAAAAUCGAUUUAACAUGAACUUAUUGGAGCUUACAUUUCUUUCUUGCAUAUGUCAACUAUUAAAGUCCCACAUUGCUAGUUUUCUAAGAAAUGUACUUGAAAAUUCUAUUCGAUCCUAAAUAACCCUGUCUUAUUUGUGUGGAAGAUGUUAAAAUUGACAAGAUUGUGAAUUCCCUUUGGGAAGAGACAUGUCUUUUCCAUCUUUGUAUCCAUUAGUUAGGGGCAGAGUAAGGGUUAGUAAAUGUUUGUUGAAUAACUAAAAGCACCUUUGCAAACAUUGUGAAAUGUAACAUUUGCAAAAUCCUUGGAGAUAGGUAUUGUAAUUUCCAGAAUUUUACAGAAAAGACUAAGAGAAGUUCAAUUACAUUCCAAACCCCAGGACUGUGUCUUACACAUACACACAUACAAAACUUUGACAAUGUGAGCAUUGGAAGCAUAUUUCUACUGUCCAUGACUGAUUGAUUUUGUACAAGAAACAUUAAAUUUCAGUAAAAUUUUGAUAUAGCUAAAUAUCAUCUCUGUUAUUAUUGCAUUAUAUUAUUAAUCAUGUACAAUAUACUUUAAAAUUUUCAGCUUUUUGAGGGGCCAUUUUCAUGUGAAUUAAGUCCACAGUGGUAUUAAGAAAUGGGAGGAAAUUUUCCAAAUGAUUCCAAAUAUUUUAACACUUUCUUGAAACUUCAGCCUUUCCCCAGAGAUAUGUCAAGCCUAUCUAGUCUUUUUGUAACUUCUUUUGAUCAGAUUUUUUUAACUCACUGAUAUUAUGAAUCUUAUAAAUAAUCAUACUUCCCUCUUUACUUUGGUUCCUUGAAAGUUUAUUCCAAAAUGUUAUUCCAUUUGUAGAAGCUUUUCAGGAUGAAUCAUAUCAAUUCCUUCAGGGUGAGUAUAUCCCUAACUUUAUUAUUUACUAUCCAUAUUUUCUACCUUCUUUGCCCCUCUCAAACAUUUCUUUUGUAGUUUUGUAUGCAUUUCUAGGGAAAUAAGGCUGGAUAUAAGUAAACAGAUGAAAUGAAUUUAGGCUCCUUAGUAAUUAUGAAAUAUAUGAAUGUAUUAUUGUAUAUGUUACAUAUAAAAUGUUAUUUUAUAUAGAUAUUGUUAUGUUCUGUAUAUAUUGUUUUUCUUCUUUUUCCUCUUUACAGCCACUAUUUCAACUGAUGUGUCCCUGAGUAUAUAUCAUGGUCACUGACUUGCUUAUACUAUUACCCUUUAUAUUUUCUUUCACCUUUUUCAAAGUAUGAUGUGGCAUUGGAUUGCCAUUAAUUUUCCCAAAGCCCCAAAUUUUGCCCAAUGGCCAAAGAGUGUCCUGUGUCUGAUGAGCAUGCACUUACCUUUCAAUAACGGAUCACAAAAAGGAAAUUGUUCUCUUAAUUUUUUUAUAAAAUUCUAUCAUUACCAGGGCAGCACUCAUGGUAC